AAUAACUUGAAUAUUUUUCUUGGUGUGUACUGUGUACCAUCAAAUUAUGAAGGUGUUAAUGUACUUCAAAGUGAUUCACAUAGAUGGAUUUCUCAUUUUACAACUCAUUGAAAAAUGAAGUCGCACACGAACAAACCUUAAAGACUCUGAAGGAAUGGUGUUUUAUGGUUCGAUGUUUGUAUUUAUUAAUUGAGUUAGUGAACGAGAUUUGAAAUCCGUUCUCAAUAUUGGAUUUCCUAACUAAAUCAGGGUUGUGAGAUACUACUUUGCUUAAUUAAACUAAGUACUUCAUUGAAAUGAUUCUUAAUUCAGCAUUAAUUUGUAAUAUAAUACACUAAUUAUUAAAUCCAGCUACUCCCACCAUUCUAGGUGGUGCUCUGCUAGGACCAGUAUAAUUAUGAACUUACUGCAAUGAAGAACAAACCACCGGCCAACCUAUCUGCAGAUGUUUGUCAUUUUGCAGUUUCAUCUCCUUUACAUUUUUUUUUAGUGCUGAAUGACACAGCAGAGAACACUAUGGCCUAAAUAUUGUAAUAUUUAUGGAAACAACCUGUUUUAAUUUUUUGAUCGAGUAAUUAUAGCACGAGAUCGGCUGUGAAUUGAAAACUACUUUAUUGGUUUGUCCUAGGAUAUGAGAAGCAAUACCACAAUGAAUCUGUGAAUAAAUGUGGAUACAGUGUGGAGUUGGAGAAACACAGCAGGCCUGACAUGCUAUGUUCCUCCAGCUUGACACUAUCGGUUCUGGCUUCCAGCAUCUGCAGUUCUUGCUAGCUCCAAAUAAAUGUGCUUUUUCUCAAUGUUUUAUAUCUUUCAUCAAUGUCUUUCUCUGCUGAAGGGAGGAUUAUCCCUGACAUCAGUACAUGCCUACCUGUUAGAUUUCCCCAAAUCCCAUCCUUGGUCAGAGCCUUCAGCUCUUCUACAGUAGUUGUAACUGAUUCCAGUUGUGCUAUCCAAUGAUAUUCACAGACUUGCACCUGUUAUAGGAAAAAGGAAUUUUUGCCCUUCUGUGGAUGGCGGUGUUUUUCACAAAAACAGCUGCACCAAGAACGUAAUGCACAGCAUGCAGCAAAGAUGUUCAAAAGGAACAAUGACUUGAACAGCAUAGAUUAAAUUUGUGACAGUGCAGUAAUAGGGCAACAAUAUUGUAUCUCUACACAGCAUAAUUGCCAUAGUAUCUUGUGUAGCAGCGAUAUCCUGUGAUUGCAUUUUGGUUAGAUGUGUAUGUUGUUUGAGACAUUUUGUGUUGUAAGUGUUUCAAAAUUUAGACCAUUGUUCUAGAGAUCUGACUGUGUUACUGCCUAUCAUUACUUUUCCUGUAAUGCUGCACCUGUGCUUGAUCUAAAAAUUUUGUCUAUAUUUUUGCUAAAACCCAUCUUUCCUUUGGAGGAAUUGCUACCUAUCUGCUGGCAACAAAAGUGAACUAUGAGAAUUGGAUUUUGUGAAAUGAAUGUCCUGAUGGAACUUUCUACUUGCAGCUCAUAGUACACCUGUAGAUAUGCCAAGCCGAGGUCAAAAUGAGGAUGGAGAUAGUGGAAUAGCACGGUCAGCAUCCCUCAGUAGUCUGUUAAUUACACCAUUCCCUUCUCCAAAUUCCUCUUCCACCAGUAGCUGUGCCAGUAGUUUCCAGCGACGCUGGCUACGAAAUCAGACUACCAGUCUUGAAAAUGGCAUUUUUCCAAGGUGGUCAACUGAGGAGACAUUCAGUAUGGCAGAUGAGAGCUAUGCUUCAAACCCUCAGAUGGUCAGAAGGAAGAAGAUAGCGGUUAGUGUUGUUUUCUCUCUGCCAGAGAAGGAAGAGGAAAACAGGACUUUCCAGGAGUUCUUCUUUUCACAUUUUCCUCUCUUUGAGACCCAUCUAAACAAGCUAAAGAGUGCCAUUGAGAAGGCAAUGAUUACCUGCAGAAGGAUUGCAGAAUCUAAUCAGAGAGUGCAGAUUUACAUCAGCCAGGUAAUGGAGGGCCUGGGAGAAUUCAGGUCCACUGUAUACAAUCUUUACACAGUUCCAAGGAUCACAGAGCCUGCAUGGCUUACAAUGAUGUUCAACACAUCAGAGAAGAGUCGGCUAUGCCAUUGCUUUAUCAGAGAUUUCACCUUGCUGAUAGAAUAUAUGUCAAAGAAUCAGUAUGUAUAUGGUCAUCUUAGAAUGUUUGCGUAA